AUGGUCACCUCUUUCACUCAUCUAUACCUGAAAUUGCAAACAACAGCGGUACGCUGUGAUCUGGAUCAGCUGAAGGCAAUGACUCCACGAAAUGGAUUUCUCUCUAGCGCCCGGAACUAUAUGACCGACCGUUUGUACGCGCAACAUCAGGUCAACGAAUUCAACUACUAUGGAAAUGUCAUCAGCAUUCGAUGCAAUAACGGCUAUUUGUAUGGGGAUAGAACAACAGAAAAGCAAGUAACCUGUGUACUUGCGGAUGGUUCGAAAACUCAAGGCGUUUACCAAGGCUACAGUGGCACGAUUCUACCCAUUCCCGAUACUUGUCAAGGUCAGUAUGCGAAAUUGUUUAUUGUUUGGAUUGUGAAACCAAAUAAACUGUCGAGCACUGAUUGUCAUUAA